AUGCCGAUUGACGAUUUUGAAAGGAUCAAGAAAUCUCUUCCUUCCAAGGGAUUUUCCAACGCCAAGAACAUUCUGGAUGACUGUGAUCGUCCAGCCUGUGAGGAUACCGCAUCCGCAUUGUCCGCUGCCUUGAAACACGCCUCCAAACAAAAGUCGCCAAAAUCAAACAGUACUAGCACCAUUAGUAAUUGUCCACCCACGAAAAAUGCACUGGGAACCAAUUCUUGGAGUUUGCUCCAUUCCAUGGCAGCCUGGUAUCCCGAACGACCAACGCCCUCGGAGCAAACUAUGAUGCAACAAUUCUUUACCAGUCUGGCCAGGUUCUAUCCAUGUACCUGGUGUGCUCAAGACUUUCAACAGAGUAUUCAAGAAAAACCAAUCCAGACCGCGUCCAGGGAAGAUCUGUGUAUAUGGCUCUGCGAACAGCACAACAUUGUCAACAAAAAGCUAGGAAAACCAAUAUUCAAAUGUGACAUCAAAGGCUUGGAUGAAAGGUGGCGAAAAAGCAGUGAUCCUAAAUGCCAGCCGUAG